AGUGACCAGCCAGAUAAAAGUUUAUGAAAAAAAAUCGGGCCUUUUCGAAGAGGUUCAACAUGGCAGGAGAUCAGGCGCAAUUUUACCAGUUACUAAAUACUUUAUUAUCAACCGAUAACGACAUAAGAUCCCAAGCCGAAGAGGCAUACAAUAAUAUCCCAACUGAAACAAAAGUAGUACACUUAGUGGGAGCUAUCCAAAAUGCUGAUGUUGGUGAAGAAGGACGUCAAACAGCAGCUGUGCUGCUCAGAAGAUUGCUCAGUGCAGAAUUCUUUGAAUUCUUCCCAAAACUACCAUUUGAACAGCAGUCAGUCCUCAGAGAACAACUACUCCUCACACUGCAGAUGGACGUCAGUCAACAACUCCGCCGCAAGAUCUGUGACGUCGUAUCAGAACUGGCCAGAAACCACAUAGAUGAUGAUGGUGUUAACCAAUGGCCAGAGUUUCUACAGUUCAUGUUUAACUGUGCUGGUGCCCAAGAUCCCAACAUCCAAGAGGCUGGCAUCAGGAUGUUCACGUCAGUGCCUGGUGUGUUUGGGCACCGUCAGAAUGAAAACCUUCCUGUAAUCAAGCGCAUGUUGCUGACUGCUCUUCAGUCCACAUCGGAACCUCUCCGCAUUCAAGCUGUGAAGGCAGUUGGCGCAUUCAUAUUACUCCACGACAAGGAGCCUGCCAUACACAAACAUUUUAGUGAUAUACUGAUCCCUCUCAUGCAGGUUAUAGUUCAGUCCAUUGAGAAGAGUGAUGAUGACGCUGCUUUGAAAGUUCUUAUUGAACUAGCUGAAUCAGCCCCAAAAUUCCUGCGCCCACAACUAGAGCCUAUCUUCCAAGUGUGCAUCAAGGUGGUUGGUGACAUGGAGGCAGAAGAUAACUGGCGCCAAUUAGCUUUGGAGGCAAUGGUGACCCUUUGCGAGACAGCACCUGCCAUGGUACGAAAGCAGGUGCCCAAUGGAGUGAGCAUGCUGACGCCGCUCGUACUCGAGAUGAUGUGCGAGCUAGAUGACGAACCCGACUGGUCAAUGCAAGACGACGCGGCCGAGGACGACAACGAACAAAAUUAUGUAGCUGCCGAGUCAGCUCUGGACCGCAUGUGCUGUGGACUUGGUGGCAAGAUUAUGCUGAACCUAAUCGUAGGGCGGGUCCCUGAAAUGUUGCACCACGAGGACUGGCGCCGUCGCCAUGCUGCGCUCAUGGCUGUGUCUUCUGCUGGCGAGGGCUGCCACAAGCAAAUGGAACAGAUGCUAGACCAAGUAGUCUCUGCUGUUCUCAACUAUCUCACUGACCCUCACCCUCGCGUGCGUUACGCUGCUUGUAAUGCUGUGGGUCAAAUGUCGACUGACUUCGCUCCCGUAUUCGAGAAGAAGUUCCAUGACAAAGUAGUGCCUGGCCUCUUGAUGGUGCUGGAUGACAAUGCUAACCCCCGCGUGCAGGCUCAUGCGGCUGCUGCUUUAGUAAACUUCAGUGAAGAUUGUCCCAAACCAAUUCUUACUCAGUACCUUGACCCCUUGAUGAGCAAACUUGAACUAAUUUUGACCACUAAAUUCAAAGAGUUGGUCGAACGUGGCACAAAACUCGUGCUUGAACAAAUAGUAACAACAAUCGCGUCCGUCGCCGACACUGUGGAGAAAGACUUUGUUAUAUACUACGACCGGCUGAUGCCUUGCCUCAAGUACAUCAUUGCUAAUGCUACUACAGAUGAGCUCAAGAUGCUCCGCGGCAAAACUAUUGAGUGUGUCAGUCUUAUUGGUUUGGCUGUUGGUGAGGAGAAGUUCACGUCAGAUGCCUCUGAAGUGAUGGAUCUGUUGUUGAAGACGCACACUGAAGGUGAACAGUUGCCUGCCGAUGAUCCGCAGACAUCUUACCUUAUCUCUGCCUGGUCGCGUAUCUGCAGAAUUAUGGGCAAGAAGUUUGCGCAAUAUCUGCCCAUGGUGAUGGAGCCGGUGAUGCGCACCGCCGCCAUGAAGCCCGAGGUAGCAUUGCUCGACAACGAUGACUUGGAAACCAUCGAAGGAGAUCUCGACUGGCACUUCGUCACACUCGGCGAGCAACAAAACUUUGGCAUUAAGACUGCCGGUCUGGAAGACAAAGCUUCAGCUUGUGACAUGCUUGUGUGCUACGCUCGUGAGCUCAAAGAAGAGUUUGCAGAAUAUGCAGAGGAUGUAGUGAAGCUAAUGGUGCCAAUGUUGAAGUUCUACUUCCACGACAACGUGCGCACGGCGGCCGCGGAGUCGCUGCCCUACCUGCUGGAGUGCGCGCGCAUCCGCGGGCCCCAGUACAUUCAGGGCAUGUGGGCAUACAUUCUGCCGGAGUUGCUCAAGGCUAUCGACUCAGAGCCUGAGCAGGAAGUCCAAGUGGAACUUCUCAACAGCCUUGCAAAGUGCAUAGAACUGUUGGGUGGUGGUUGUCUCCCAGACGAAAUGAUGGCGGAAGUACUGCGUAUAUUAAACAAAUUGCUCACCGAACAUUUUGAACGUGCCACUGAGCGUCGUCAAAAACGCUCUGACGAAGAUUACGAUGAAGUAGUGGAAGAGCAGUUAGCCGACGAGGACAACGAGGACGUGUACGGUCUGUCCCGCGUGGCGGACGUGCUGCACGCGCUGAUGUCUGCGUACCGCGAGAGCUUCUUCCCGCACCUCGACAGUCUGCUCCCACACCUUGUGCAGCUGCUCGCCCCUGGCCGCCCCUACUCUGAUCGCCAAUGGGCUAUAUGUAUUUUUGACGAUGUUAUCGAAUUUGGAGGUCCUGCAUGCAUAAAGUACCAAGACAUCUUCCUGGAGCCGAUGCUGAGCGGGCUGCGCUCGGCCGAGGCGGAGGUGCGGCAGGCGGCGGCGUACGGAUGCGGAGUGCUGGCGCAGUUCGGAGGCGCGGCCUUCGCCGGCGCCGCCGCGCGCGCCGUGCCGCUGCUGGCCGCGCUCAUCGCAGAACCUGAUGCACGUGCACUAGAAAACCUAAACGCUACCGAAAACGCUAUAUCUGCUGUCGCAAAGAUCAUCAAGUAUAACCACUCUCAGAUUGACAGGGAUGAAAUCAUUAGGCACUGGCUAACAUGGCUGCCAGUGACAGAAGACACAGAAGAAGCACCACACGUAUACUCCCUGCUGUGUGAGCUCGCGGCGAGUGGUCAUGCGGCGCUGGCAUCUCCCGAUGCACCUAAGCAUGUGAUCGCCACACUCGCAGAAGCAUUCUUGAGGGACGCUGUGCCUACUGACAACCCAGUUUAUGCGCAAAUGGUUGCUCUCGUUAGGCAAAUACAGAGCAAUGCAGAAUUAUUUAAUGCCGUACUGAUGCAGCUGAGCAGUGAGCAUAAGGAAGCCCUGCAGCUGGCCCUGUCCACGUAGUGGCCGAGCACAUAUUUAUUACCGCCAGUACCGCUACACGUCACUCUCUCGGCACCCUGCGCUCAUCCGUUGCCAGUCACGCUCUCCUCAUCACGCCCAUGUCUCGCGCAUCACUACUAACCAUUAACCGCCUUUAAACCAACUAUUACCAUGUGUAUAAAAGUUGUAUGAUGUAAUAAUUGAAAAUAUAUCUUUUUGUGAUUUAGACGAGUUUUAAACCAUUUCAGUUUUAUAAACGACUGAUGUCCGAUAAAUUAUAAUGUUGUAUACUUUCAUGAUGAGUUGUUCUUUCCUUUCGAGGAAUUUUUUCUUCGAUCUCACUCAGCAAAGUAUCAGUUGGGCUAACUUAAAUUGCUGUGAUAUAUUUUUAUACUAAUUUUUGAAGUAGCUUCAUGCUUGAUUCUUAAAAGUGUUAGUACCUCUUUGAGCAUUAUUCAUUGUCUUUAUAUGUAGUUCUUUUUCUUAAUGUCGAUAUUUUGUAAGCAACUAUAAUGGGGAUGGUCCAAUUUAUUGAUAAACAAAUGGGAAGUUAUCGAAGUUGUUUAAAAGUGUAAGGUGUAUACUCGUUAUAAUUAUUAUAUUACAAGCUAUAUGUUGUAAAAUGAGUCCCAAAAUGAAAAAUAUUUACCUAGAUUGUUUUCUGAUGUGUAUGUGUAUUUUAUAAUCUAGUAGAAAGUUACUGUUAUAAACUUGGCGUUAUGUUUUCAAGAAUUCGUUUUCAAAAUCGUUAUUAAUCGGUGACAUGUUGAAAGCUCUGCUAUGGGAGCAAAGACUGUAUUGGGCCUAAAGGCAAGCAGCUAGAUUAACAUUUUAGUUGUAAUACAUUUUUCAUGCGUUCUUCGUGAUUUUAUUAUGAAAAUAAAUAUUUUUAUAAACAA